AAUCGUAAUAAUUUAUCAUCAAAAAUGGGUAGAAACCGGUAGCAACAGAAGUUUAAAAAAAUCUAGAUAGAAAUUAAGAAAAAAUAGAGAUAAAUAGACUGAAAUAAAUAAAAUAUAGUAAAAUUAAAAUAUAAAUAAAUAGGAAAAUGAAAAGUGAUAUCAAAAUGAAUAAAGGACAUACUUAUGUGCAAUGGAUGGUUGCUUUUGUAGCCGAGAUAACCCUUCUGACCUAUGGACUCCAAGCAGGAUGGAUGUCUCCCAUGAAGACAGUUCUCCAAUCAGAUUCGUCACCAGCUGGCAGGCCGCUCACAGACAUGGAGAUGACCUGGGUGGCUAGUGUGCUACCGCUCGCUGGAGUGGUGGGGGUGCCACUGUAUGUUUAUAUAGCUGACAAUUACGGAAGAAAAGUGGGGGUGUUAGUGAUGGCUAUUAUGCAAAUGAGUUGCUGGAUAUUGAAACUGUCAACUACCAGUGUCACCAGUCUCAUCAUUGCCAGAAUCCUAGGAGGCAUUCCAGCUGGUGGUUGCUUCCAGCUCAUCCCAGUCUACAUUAAAGAAAUAAGCCAGGACAGCAUUAGAGGAAUGCUGGUUUCCAUGUUCCUCCUUAUGCAGAACAUUGGGAUUUUCAUGAUAUAUGCCAUGGGAGCGUACUUGGAUUACUGCACAGUUCUCUGGAUUGUUCUGGCGAUAUCAGUGGUGUCUGUCGUGGCGCUCAUCAAAGCUCCUGAGAGUCCUUCGUUCCUGGUGAAGAUGGGUAAAUAUGAGGAAGCAGCUUCAACUGCAGCGUUUUUGCGAGGGUUGGACAUGAGCGACAAGGAGAUCCAAAAUGAACUCAACUGCAUGAAAGAGGACGACAGACAAUUCAAAGCUCUUCCCGAUGUUACAGUCCUCACUAUUUUCAAAAACAGGUCCUCCCGCACCGGCGUCCUCCUCGUCCUCCUCAUCAUCAGCAUGCAAGCCAUGAACGGCAACUUCGCGAUCGUCACGUACGCCUCAUCCAUUAUGGCGGCGUCUGGAGUCACCUUGAGUCCAGAGCUGCAGACGCUCAGUAUACCCAUUGUGAUGAUUGUGGGUUCGUUCGUGUCUAUGAGCUGUGUGGACAAGUUUGGUAGGAAGACAAUACUAGCUUUGGCAUUCGCACUCACCACCGCGUCACUGGUCGGUCUCGGCUCAGUCCUGACGGUUCAGCAUCACGGAGGCAGUCUCCCAAGCUGGUUGCCGGUCGCAUCCAUCAUCACGUCUGUAUGGUCGUAUGCUGCUGGAGUGUCGCCUAUGCCUUACGUCAUCAUGUCAGAAAUGUUUAACUUCCAAAUCCGAGCGAAAGUAUUGGGCUGCAUAGUGUCUUACGCGUGGUUCAUAUCAUUCGUCCAACUCUUCGCCUUCACACCAACCGCUGUUACGCUUGGUCUUCACAACACUAUGUACUGCUUCGCCGCUGUCAAUCUGAUCGGGGUUUUCUUGACUUUGGUAGUGGUUCCAGAGACCAGGGGGAAGAGUGUCGAGGAGAUUGAGAGGAUGUUGGCUAAGAAAUGAAUGAAGAGAAGGCCGCGCUGUACGGACAGCGUACUGAUGAACGUAUAGGUACUAUGUACUAUACAUAUACUAUGUGUACUACUAUAUUGUAUGGCAAAAUAUAAUAAUACCUUGUCAAUGUGUAAAAUUUUGAAACCUGUGGACUAAAUAUUUUUUGUAUUAAGGUGUAAAAAUACGUAAGAUAGAAGAAGAAAUAACUUAUUUUAACUUCUUAUUUGUUGAUUUUAUAUUCUGCGGUACGAAUUAACAUUUCGCGAAAAAAGUAAAUAUUUGAGUGAUAAAAUUAAAUAAUUUAAAUAAAAUAAUUUACUUUGAUAGGUUACAGGUAGGGUAGGUACGAGAAGUGUGUAAAUAGCUAUUAAGAUUAUUAUUAGCUACCAAUGCUGGACGUUGAAACAAAAAUAAAUAGGCUGGACCUAUGUAAAUGUUUUCGUAAUUAUAAUUCAUAUGGGUAAUCAUUGUAUAAUGUAAAUAUAUUAUUUUGUUUUGUUAAGUAAUAAAACAAGCACCAACCUUAUUUUAUUUAA